AUCGCUUCUCUUUUGGGAAGACAGAAGAGGAAAGAGGGAGGGGUACUAGCAACUCCUGCUUGCACAACACGCAACCUCGUCUUACUCUCACAACGGCCCUUGACCUUGCACACAAACAUCUCAUCACCAGACAAGCAUUGGCCGCAUCAAGCUCUGGUUGCUCAAGACAAGGUAGCUCUAGCUCCCGGGUGCAUUUAUCCUGAUUCUGACUGAAAACAGAUGUUCGGUAGAAGACACCCUAAGAUCGACUGGUCGUUCUCAAAGAGACGCCAGGCUCACUCAAACACUUCGUCUGCCAGUCUUUCUUCUCCAACAGGCCCAGAACUCGAAUCUCCCAUCACUUUCCAGGCUAUGGCUAUCAACACCAGUCCUGAAGCAACUAUGAAAAAGAACAAGAAGAUGGACAGGGCGCCUGUUGUUCCGUCCGUGUUUUUGGAAAAGGACGACGAUGAACCUGAGGUUCCCACCUUGACACACGGUGUUUCUAAUGAUGCUAGAACGGUCUAUGUUGCCCACAAGAGCGUCGAGGAAGAGGCGGCGACCAAGACCAAAAGCCAGUACUACGAAGAAGCAUUCAAUACGCGUGGUCCGUAUAACUCGCCGACUACUCGGGUGACCCAGGACUCCAUUAUUGUUGUCGAAAUCAAGAUGAGCUCCAACGUGAAGGAUGAUGAGUCCAAACUUGUCGCGGAUAUAUCAUUUCGUCUGGCUCAAAUCUACCAGAGGCCCGAGAGUUCCAUGAUGGUCACACUCCAGCAAGAUGCAUGUCUCAAUUUAGGAACUUCACCCUUGCCAGCGUAUUUGAUGAAGGUCUUUGCGCUUCCAUGCCUCAUAGCCCCGGUGACCAAUCUUCGUAACACCAUCCUGAUCCAGACAGCCCUUCAAGAGCAUAUCCAUAUUGCGCCGAACCGUGGGGUUGUUCUGUACAUUCCAGUUCCCGAAGAGAAUUUCGCAACCAAUGGUGUCACUCUCAUGGGUGAGAUUGCACGUCUUGAGCGCCGGUCUCAAAACGAGGAGCCGGGAAUCCUCAAAACCAUCUCACGAUCUAUGAGCAGACGACUGAAGUCCAGCAGUGAUAAUAGUGCGCCAAUGUCUGUAGCUACGUCGUCUUCAUACGUUCAAGGAACAGGAACUCCAGGAUCAGAAUCAAAGAAGGACCCUAGAUCAGGGGGCACUUCUCUCGACGAGGGAGAGCCCCGGUCUGUCAGGAAAUCUAGAAGCCUGCGGCACUUUGUCUCCCGUCGCCUUUCGGAGCUUGGAGCCGUCGGUGACCCUCAUUAGGCGCAUUUAUCACGAGAACAGGAUGGGGUGGGUGGUUUCUUUUUUUGUACACAGUUCUGGUUCUUGGACAACCAAUUGGUGAGAUUAUUUACAUGCACGGCGAUGCGAGGUGUGGCUUCAAUUGGGACUAGGGUUUAGACUGCAAGAGAAUCCUUUGUAGUUGGUACUAAAUAAAAUCGUUUUAAUGGGAAUCGAUAGCUAAAACAGAAACCUUUACAAAAGCAUCUCUUUCUCUGUCUCUCCUUCCAAGCACUCUCCUUCGGCUUACAUUCGCC